AGGUUCCGUGCCCCUUGUCCGGCCGCUUGUUUGGCUGCUGCCGUCACCUCAUGGCGACGCGGGUAGAGGAGGCAGCGCGGGGAAGAGGCGGCGGCGCCGAGGAGGCUAUUGAGGCCGGACGGAGCGGACGGCGACGCAGCCCGCGGCAAAAGUUUGUGAUUGGCACAAUGGAAGAAGCUGGAAUGUGUGGGUUAGGGGUGAAAUCAGAUAUGUUGCGCAACUCUCAAUCGAAUGAUAUUCUUCAACAUCAAGACUCAAAUUGUGGUGGCACAAGUAACAAGCAUUCAUUGGAAGAGGAUGAAGGCAGUGAUUUUAUUACAAAGAACAGGAGUUUGAUGAGCCCAGCAUACUGCACACAAAAGUCAAGAGAGGAAAUUCCUGGGCGAGAAGCUCGAAUAGAUCCGCCUGACGGUCAGCAGGAUUCAGAAUGCAACAGAAACAAAGAGAAAACUUUAGGAAAAGAAGUUUUGUUAUUGAUGCAAGCCCUAAACACCCUUUCGACUCCAGAAGAGAAGCUGGCAGCUCUCUGUAAGAAAUAUGCUGAUCUUCUGGAGGAAAGCAGGAAUGUUCAGAAGCAAAUGAAGAUUCUGCAGAAGAAGCAAGCCCAGAUCGUGAAAGAGAAAGUUCACUUGCAGAGUGAACACAGCAAGGCUAUCUUGGCAAGAAGCAAACUAGAGUCUCUUUGCAGGGAACUUCAGCGUCACAAUAAGACUUUAAAGGAAGAAAAUAUGCAGCAGGCACGAGAGGAGGAAGAAAGACGUAAAGAAGCCACUGCACACUUCCAAAUUACUUUAAAUGAAAUCCAAGCCCAGCUGGAACAGCAUGACCUACACAACGCCAAACUCCGUCAGGAGAAUAUUGAACUGGGGGAGAAGCUAAAGAAGCUCAUUGAACAGUAUGCCCUGAGAGAGGAGCAUAUUGAUAAAGUAUUCAAACAUAAGGAAUUACAACAACAGCUUGUGGAUGCCAAGCUUCAGCAGACGACACAGCUAAUAAAAGAAGCUGAUGAAAAACAUCAAAGAGAGAGAGAGUUUUUAUUAAAAGAAGCAACAGAAUCGAGGCACAAAUAUGAACAAAUGAAACAGCAAGAAGUACAACUAAAACAGCAGCUUUCUCUUUAUAUGGAUAAGUUUGAAGAAUUCCAGACUACGAUGGCAAAAAGCAACGAACUGUUUACAACCUUCCGGCAGGAAAUGGAAAAGAUGACAAAGAAAAUUAAAAAACUGGAAAAAGAAACAAUAAUCUGGCGUACCAAAUGGGAAAACAAUAACAAAGCACUUCUGCAAAUGGCUGAAGAGAAAACUGUCCGUGAUAAAGAGUACAAGGCCUUUCAAAUAAAACUGGACCGGUUAGAGAAGCUGUGCAGGGCUCUUCAGACCGAGAGGAACGAGCUCAACGAGAAGGUGGAGGUCUUGAAGGAGCAGGUCUCCGGGAGAGCUGCGGGCGAAGACCCGGCGCUGCCUGGGACACAGCCCUGCACUGGCCUGGCGGCCCCCAGGGAGCUGAACACUGCUUCCAGAAGCGCCCUUGGAGGCCCCCUGGAGGCUGCACCCAAGGCCGCGAAGGAGAAAACGGCCAUGUCUGCGGGCGCGGGGCCAGGUAUCGAGUCCGUUGACUGAAAGGAAGUAUGAUCACUGUAUCGAGAGCUCUAUUUUGUGUAUAACUUUCUGUUAGUAGUAACUAUUGGUUUUGUGGUGAAAAUUUUCUUACUUUUUCUACCAUAUCUGUAUUUUCUUAGAACUACUGGACUUAUGUGGUACAGGAGGCUGCUUAGCAGUUUUGAAUAGUUUUCCUCUAUACAUUUUCCUCAGCCGUGUUGCACAUCUGCCUCAUUUCCCUUCAUUGGAAUGCAUGUGACCAUCGCCUUGUCCUAGUUUCCCUGUUCCCUGCACAGAACUAUUCAGAUUUCACUGGAGACAGGGCCGAUCAUCACAAGGGAACUUUGUUCUGAUAAUGGUUCCUUGAUGUGAAAACAAUAUUGAUUCAAACAUGGCCCCCCCCAAUUAAUAAUACUAAAAAAAAAAAAUCUGAUUAGUUUUGUCUCCUAGCCCAUUUAAAUGCUAAGUAAAAAUAAAGUUGGGUUGGGUCAGAAAUAAGUAUAGCAUCCUUGAUCCAAAUUAGCUUUUUGGUAAUACUUCUAUCACUUGACAAAUUGACAUGGCUGCAAGCCUCAAAUACUCAAAGUUUUGGCAGAUUAAGUACAUAAAGCUGUCACUUUUAAAGUCGCAUAUACAGGCAAUUCAUUGGACAAACAAAACAAGGUAAUGUUAUGUGACUACUACUGCUUUGGAUUCAGGUUAGAACCAGAACCCGUUUGAACUUGGACCCCAGAUGGUCACCCUGGAGUAUGGUGGUAUGUUGGCUUUCACGUUGGGAUUUGGGUAGGCGUCCUCCCCUUCUACAGAAGGCAGCGUCAGGAGUGGUCAUUUGAAGACAAGGAGGGUGAGGUUGGUGUAUUGCUCUCAUUAAGCAGAAGUCCCUCUGCUACCUUGAUGCCUUCUGGCUACUUGAAAUUUGGUGAUCAACUAUUUUUGCAAAUCCCGAUAGCAAAGCUCUCCAGGUUUUUUAACUUUUUUUUUUUUUUUAACUUAUUUAUUCAUGAGAGAGAGACAGGCAGAGACAGGCAGAGGGAGAAGCAGGCUCCAGGCAGGGAGCCCGACGCGGGACUCGAUCCCGGGUCUCCAGGAUCACGCCCUGGGCCGGAGGCGGUGCUAAACCGCUGAGCCACCCGGGCUGCCCUCUCCAGGUUUUUUUAAAAGGGAAUUUUAAUUGUGGAUCAUGUUAACCACAACGGGUUUUAUUUCCAAAACAAAGACUGGAACCCACACUAUUAACUGUGGGAAGACUUGGCAGAGUCUUAAGUAGUCUGGAUCUAUUACUUAUGCUUUUGGUCUGGUUCUCACCCCUUUUCUUAGUUACGGUCCUUUUAAGAAAAAAGCCAGUAUUAUCAAGGUCUCUCUACUUGGACUGGGGGAACUUUCCAUAUGAAGCAUGUCACUUCUGAAUUAGUUCCUUAACUUUCCUGUGUUAUGAUGUUGAAUAUGGCUGAGUUACGCAAAUGAUAAGUCAGGUUACACCAUGCAAGUUUGGACUUUUGCAUUGAAAUACUUUACCACAAUUGAUACUAGCACAUUUCAUGGAGCAAAACUAUCAAACUGAGACUGCAAUUGCUCACUGGGCCGAAUUGAGUCCGUUCUGUCCAGUUAACAAGGGUUUUCUCUUUAAAGCGGUCUUGUAAAGUCCUGUUGUAUUCAUGGUCUAAAGUGGGUUGAAAGAAUUGAAAGUUGUCUGAUAAGCUUCCGCCAUUGGUCAUAGGAAUCAAGGGGCCAGACGGUAGAGGAAAAGAAAACCACAGAGCAGGUUCUCUCAUUACUGUCAAAAUGAGUCGGAAGCAAAAACAAUCCCCUCCUCCAACGGCCUCGUAUAAAUAUUCCUUUCUGCUACUAGAUGAUAUGUUGGACUCAUUUCCCCUAGAGGAAACGAAGGUAUAUAUCAGAAAUAUAAUCAACUUUUAAAUUAGUACUAAUCAUGUUUCACAAGAACUCUGCUGGAUGUACAGCUCUUACUGUUAAAGCCAUUCGUGUAGCCCACCACGUUUCUUUGUGGUGCUUGUCCUGUGUGGAAGAUGUAAAUCUUGGACCUGUUGCAUAUUUUCAAGGGCUUUCUAAGCAAUGUGAUUAACAGUCCUUGGCCUGCUGCUUUUGGCUUACUAUGUAUUUUGUAGCUAGAUGCGAUCAUGGUAUUUAAAGGAGCUCGAUUCUCUUUGGGAUGCAUGAGGUGUCCCUUCAGAAUCUUUCCUCCCAUUACCCUGUGAAUAAAAACAAAUGGGCCCCUCUGCGGACACCCCCCUGAAGCAAUCACCUCACCAGCCCAGUGUUGUGGCUUUGUAGCACGCCCUGUAUCCACCGUAUUCUAGAACACUGUAAUGCUGUUAGGCUGGUCCAGAAAAGGUUUAAAUGUCCCAUUCACUUCGACUGCAUUUGUUGCACCAUCAUGGAAUCUUGCUGUGUAUUAUUUAUAGUGGCGGUAGACUCCAAGGAGUAGAGAACACUUGGGUCUUGGAUCAUGGACCAUUUCAUCCUCAGACUUGUUAGGAGUACAUUUCUUGGUCUUGAGACCAGCGUUUUUUAGUUAUGUAUGCAACUGCCUUUAUUACACCUGGUUAUCACAAUUCAAUUCUCAGGUGUUGCAGAAAAAUCUACCUCUUUCAGACUGUAGAUGGAAAUAACUGUGAAAAACAAAUGAUGCAGAGAUCUUCUAGUUUGUGCUAAACACACGGCUUUAUUUUUACAGCCCACGUCUUUCAUGAGGAUACGAAUUGUUCAGAGGCAGUCUUGUUUUGCUUUUCAAAGACAUUUUGUAGAGAUUUUUCACUAAUGUGAAUCUGAUUUUAUCUACUCGAUUCUGUAUAGAUUAAGUAAAUAUGUAUGAUAAAUUUAA